GCAUCGUGGGUAAUUUUCAAGAUGGUGGUCCUAAAAGGCAUUCCUCGUAUCCUGUCCCCAGAAUUGUUGUUCGUGCUCGCCCGUAUGGGCCAUGGCGACGAAAUAGUUUUUGCUGAUGCAAAUUUCCCAACCAGCUCCAUCUGUAGCAGUGGACCAAUCGAAGUGAGAGCAGAUGGACACUGUAUUCCUGCCCUGUUGAAGGCAGUUCUGGAACUCCUACCACUGGAUACAUAUGUGGAAUCACCAGCAGCUGUGAUGGACCUUGUACCAGGAGACAAGGAGAAGGGACUGAAAACACCUGUAUGGGACACAUACAGAGGACUACUGAAGGAGGCAGGCAGUACUACCCCAUUGGAGCAAGUUGAGCGGUUUGCCUUCUAUGAGAGAGCCAAGAAAGCGUUUGCAGUGGUGGCCACAGGCGAAACUGCACUGUAUGGAAACAUCAUAUUGAAGAAAGGUGUCAUCGCCCCAGAUUAAGUAUUAUGAUAGAUAUAGAAUACAACACGGUGUACAUUCUAUAUUACCCGAGGUACCGACCGAUGGCCCAUGGUCAGAGAACAAUCCGACCCACGGGAUGGCUAGGACCAAUAGUGAUUUUAUCUUAUUUACCCAAAUUUUAAUACAAAAUGUGUCCUGAAACAAAAAAUUGUAACUGUUAAACAGUGAUUCCAAAGUCCAAAUCCUGUAUUCAAUUUUUGAACAGAGUGAGUUUAACUUCAAAUGCUUCUAAGGAAAGCCAUGUGAUAACAGUAGAAGUCCAUGUGAUAAAUUAAGUUUAACUUAUCACCUGGUACAGAAUUAACACAUAUCAAAUGUUACAUUUAUCAUGGCCAUUGUAUGACAUUAUUAAACAUCCACAGCUUAUUGAGACUGGCUAAAAGAAAGGAUAAGUUUUUUUCUUCAAUCAUAGAUUAUUGGUACCAGUAAUCAUUGUAGAUUCUUACUCAAAUAAAUGUUUUAAACCAGGAUUAAAAUGAAACCAUUCUAGAAAAUAUUCACUCAGUUACUGUGAAUAUAGAUAGUAUUAUCUCCUUAUAACAGUAUACUUUUUUUGCUGUUAAGUAAGUGAUUUAACUUGUAUAAUACAAUAACUUACAUGAUGUUUCCUAGAUUUGGUUAAACCAAGGAGGUUAUUUAGUUAAACCAUGCAUCUAAAACCAUAUGGUUGCAAUUAAAUGGCGUGCAAUACAUAGUCUAUGUAUCAAUACAAUGAAGUGUAAUUAUCUUACAUGUGCUAUUGAUAUAUGAACUUUUAUAUGACUAGUGGAAAUCAUCAUCAACUGUUACUCAGUUUGAUACAACAAUGCAUGGUAUAUCAAUAAACUGUCUACUGAAGAUGCCCCCAAUGAACAUAUAUAUAGAUCUUAUGUAAUUAUUAUAAUAGUAAUGUUAAUAAUUAUGUACAUCAUAUAGCACCGAUAGUAUUCAUUUCAUUUUGUACUAUAUAAUGAAGGCGACAGAUGGUCGUCGAAACGUUUACAGAAGAAUUAAAGAUGAAAACCUGAUGAAAUUAUUUACGGAACUUGCAGCACCUUUUUUUUAAGUUUAAAAAGUGUGUACUUUAUUCCAUAAAAUACGGUAUACAACAAGCGACCGCUACAUGCCUGCAAAUAAAUCAAAGUGUACAUGUACAUAUAGUAACCUUC